AUGGUGUUCUAUAGAACCACCACAGUUAAACCAUGUGAUGAUUUUCCGGCACGAGUUUCUGAAAAAUACUUUCAAGAAUUUUUAACUAUUUUGGCUGGAAAAAUAGAUAAACAAGUAUUGUUUGAUGUGGUGGGCCAAAUUGCUGGUGUUGGUUCUCUUGAUAAUGUAAACACUAAGGGAAAGGACAAUGUGAAGAUAAGUUCUGACUUACAAGAUUUAAAUGGUGACCGAUUAAGUUGUACGAUAUGGGGUGAUCUUGCUAGAAAUUUUGAAGCUUCUAUAAAAGAACACGAAGACUCAGUUGUUGUGUGUGUGAUUAGAUUUGCAUGUUUGAAAGAGUGGAAAGGCAAUUACAGUGUAUCAAACGCAUUCAACACCACAGAUAUUCACUUAAAUCCGUCAAUUCCCAAAGUUGAAAAAUUCCGACAAAUGAUGCCAAACACUAGCGUUGUUGACUUGGUUCACAAUGAGGAUGAAGCGAAGAAUAUACAGCCAAAGCUUUUUGUUGGUAAAAAGGCGGAUGAAUUGGUUUCCCAAAUAGCCGAGGACGAUCUAAACAUCAUGCCCAUUUCUCUUUCUGCUCUAAUCGGGAAGACCGUGCUCUUUAAGAUUUCUAUCACCAUUGAUAAUUUGAAAAGUGACAAGGCUUCUUAUGUUGUUGAAAUUUUUUGGGAAAAAGAGGAUAUGGUAAACCAGUUUGUCAAGGAAAUUUACGGAAAGGUUAAUGAUAAUUACCAAGAACUAGAACCAGCUGAACAAAUUCUACAACUUACGUCGGAGGAAUCAACAUCACUUUCGUCAAAGAGGGAGAUGUCUAGAAUCAAUGAAGAAGUCGUACGAGUUCCUACGUUGUUGCCUCUGAUGCAUGAAGAUUUUGCAUGUUUUAUUGUUUCUGACUCUGAGUCAAAUAAUGAUAGCGAUUCUGAUAGCUCGAUUGAUGAAUCUGAUACUGAGUAUCGUACUACGCCUAAUGUUACUAUGAUGAAGGAGAUCCUUCGUAUCUCUGUGAAAAUUGUGGAGCAUAUAUGUGGUACGGAGAACGGUUAA